CAGAGGAUGACGGUGUAUCUCCAGUCCCGAUCUGAAGGCCCAGGAACCAGGAGAGCUGUUGAUGAGAUGGAGAAUGAAGAUGGCUAUAUGGUCCUGGAUUCCAAGAAUCGUUUCAAAUCCAGCUCUAAAGAAUGUUCCCUGUAUCCACCGUAUUAUUGUCUUAUGCUAGUAUGUGGCUGCAUUGGGAUCCUUAUUAUCAUGAUCACACUGAUUUGCCUGAACUUUUGGGAGGAAAAAAAGGAUUUCUCCCAGAAAGUAAAUAUCAGCUGUCUAGCAGGAAAUAAUCAUGUGUGCCCAAAAGACUGGCUGCUGAACCAAGGGAAAUGCUACAGGUUUUCAAUGCCUUCCAAAACUUGGAAUGAGAGUCAACAUGAUUGUGCGUACCUACAGGCACAUUUACCGGUGAUCCAAAGUUUGAAAGAGCUGGAGUUCAUACAGAAGAGUUUAAAACCUGGAAAUCCUGCUUGGAUUGGACUAUUUACUGCAUCCCCAGGAAAACAAUGGAUGUGGAUAAAUAAACACGUUUUUGUGGAAGAAAACAAUUUUCUCAUGAUUGGACCAACGGAUCACACAAGCUGUGCUGUCGCAACAAGAAAUCAGGUGUAUUCUGAAGACUGUAACUCCAACUUUAAUGGCAUUUGCCAAAGAGACGCUGUCUGAACAACAAAAACAAAUCUGUGCAUUUAAACAAAGAUUUGAAGCAAAUGCAUAUGGAUAAUAGUGCCUAUCUUUUUUUUUUUUAGCGGAAUGCAAAUUUGUUUCCUUUCUAUACUAUUAAAAAACAAAAUUCGACUGAGGAAAUUUAAAGAUAUAAUUGGCAUUAUUCAAUGAUUCGUGAACUGGGUAGCAUCCCACCAAGCAAGUAAAAAAAGAGCUCCAAUGAGCUACAGAGAGAAGGAAAGGCUUUUUAAAGGCAGACAGGGGUGACAGAAGGAAAUCAGAAACAAUAAAAAGAUUAUUUGGGGCAAGGUCACCUUUCUUUGGGGCAUGAAAAUGGGCCAUCGGGUGGAUUGCCUUAUUAGGGUUGACCAGAACAUUCUUGACUGACCAGUUAGGAUUGUAUUCUUGGGGAGAUCCAAACUGCAGUUAGAUUAGGUAUUAAGUUUUGGUUUCAUGACAGGUGCUUAGCAUGAAUGACUCCACUUUGGGCCUGUUGUCUCUAUUUUCACAGUACAAACAUAAAAUUUUCAAA